UCGAGAUGUCUCUCAAUAUUUCGUUGGCGGAAAUUCAAGCGACCAUGGUUGCGGUGGCCAAGGCGAAACAUUCACCGCACCCCGCAACGGUCAAGGCCCAACCGUACGCCAUUUCCACCGACAUACUGGAUGAUCUGGCUAGCCGUUUCAUCAUCAACGUGCCGGUGGAAGAGCGUGAAAAUUUGAUCCGUAUCUGCUUCCAAGUCGAGCUAGCCCACUGGUUCUACCUGGACUUUUACUGCUCGGAAAACAAACAAAAGUGUGGCAUCAAGCAGUUUGCCCAGCAGAUGUUCAUGCACGUUCCAUUUUUGCAACCGCACUGCAGACAAGUAGAUGAGGUGCUGGAGAACUGGAAGCAGUACAAAGUCACCGUUCCGACGUACGGUGCGAUACUGCUGACGGAGGAUCUGAAACACGUCCUACUGGUACAAUCGUUCUGGGCGAAAUCUUCGUGGGGCUUUCCGAAGGGUAAGAUCAACGAGAACGAGGAAGCGCUUCACUGCGCUAUUCGUGAGGUGUACGAAGAGACGGGAUACGACGUAACAAAUCUCAUCAACCCUGGCGAAUACAUUGAGCUAGUGAUAAACUACCAGUUUACGCGCCUGUACCUGGUGCCGGGCGUGCCGCUGACGACAGUGUUUGUGCCGAAGACACGCAACGAAAUCAAGUGCUGCGAGUGGUUCCCGGUUGAUCUGCUUCCAGUGACGAAGCACGUAAGCAUCGUGAAGGACAAUCAAAACUUUUCCGGCAACUCUUUCUUCAUGAUCUUACCGUUUGUCAAGCGGUUGAAGAAGUGGGUCGCCGAAUCGCACGGCAAGGGCGGGAAGGGCAACAAGUCCACGGGCAAGGGUGCAAACCAUCUGCAGGCAAACAAUUCCCCCGUGUUUGGGCGUGGCGAGUCAUCUAGCAAGCAGAAGAUAUUUUUCGACAACAACAUUAUCGGUAGCGGUGGAGGCAGCGGUAGCAAAAUUACAGCCAACCAGCAGUCUCUUCAGCAGCAAGCACAUCGACAACGGCAGAGGCAUAAAUCGAUGGGUGAAAUUGAUCCGCAAUCUGGGGUCACUCGCGUUGAAAGCGCUUUUGGUUCACCAAACGUGAAUCAGUUCCAGCAGCAGUCGCAGCAGCAACAGAAUGCCAACCAGCAGUUUUUCAAAAAUAGUCCGAAUGUUGGUCCACUGCUACAGAAUGAUGCUAACCGACCGCAGCGUGAUAUGAUGGACCUUUACGAAGACUUCACGUCGAUCGUUGAUAGGUCGACGACGUCGACAGCGACCAAAAAGAUCUCCCGGAAAGAGAACAACGAUGGAAACCGACAGCAGCGAGAGAUGAUGGACUUUUACGAAGACUUCACGUCGAUCAUCGAUGGAUCAACUUCAGCGACCAAAAAGAUCUCCCGCUGGCGGAAAAGGCAAGAUCAAACGCUGGCCGGAUCCACGGGUUCGGCAGCAGCACCAGGGGCCCCUGAGCUUUCUGUUGAACGGCCGAUGAAGCCUCAAAUAAAAAGGAAACUUUUUAACUAUACACCUCCUACGGUGGACGAAAUGGUCGAGAGUGGCAAGAUGAAUGAGACGACGAAAGAUCCUUUUCUUCAGUUUACCAAGAUCGACGCGUGGGUUGACUUUAAACUGGACUUCAGUAAGUUUCUUUAA